GGAGCUGGGCCGCGCUCCUUCGCAGCCGCGAGCCCAGGUCUGUACCCCGCGCUGUACCCCGCGCGUCCCGCCGCGUCCCGCCGCGUCCUGGUGCCACCGCCCCGGCCCCGCCAUGCUCCCGCUGCUCGGGCUGUGCUUGGCCCUGGCGUUCUGCGCGGGGUCGCUGGAAGAGGCGCAGAGCUGGGGGGACACUUCGGAGCAAGUUGCACUCCGGGUCCCAAGGCAAGUCAGGCUGUUGCAAAGGCUGAAAACCAAACCCUUGAUGACAGAAUUCUCGGUGAAGUCCACCAUUAUUUCCCGUUAUGCCUUCACUACGGUUGCCUGCAGGAUGCUGAACAGAGCAUCUGAGGACCAGGAAAUCACGUUUCAGAUGCAGAUUCCAGCCGCAGCUUUCAUCACUAACUUCACUAUGCUUAUUGGAGACAAGGUGUAUCAGGGAGAAAUUACAGAGAAAGAAAAGAAAAAUGGUGAUAAGGUAAAAGAGAAAAGGAAUAAAACCACAGAAGACAGUGGGGAGAAGGGGACGGAGACCUUCAGAGCCUCCGUGGUCCUUCCCAGCAAGGACAAGGCUGCCUUCCUCUUGAGUUACGAGGAGCUCCUGCAGCGGCGGCUGGGGAAGUACGAGCAUGUGGUCAGCGUACGGCCCCAGCAGCUGGUGGGGCGUCUGACGGUGGAGGUUACCGUUCUGGAGAGGUCGGGCAUCGCGGCGCUGGAGGUGCUGGGGCUCCAGAACAGCCGUCGACAGGGCAGCGGGCGGGGGCAAGAUGAUUCUGGGCCACCUCCUUCUACUGUUAUCAACCAAAACGAAACUUUUGCCAAAGUCGUUUUUAAACCUACUGUGGUCCAACAAGCCAAGAUUGCCCAGAAUGGCAUUUUGGGAGAUUUCAUCAUUAGAUAUGAUGUUAGUAGGGAACAGAGCAUUGGGGACAUCCAGGUUCUAAAUGGCUAUUUUGUGCACUACUUUGCCCCCAAAGACCUUCCUCCUUUACCCAAGAAUGUGGUGUUUGUGCUUGACAGCAGUGCCUCCAUGGUGGGAACCAAACUGCGGCAGACCAAAGAUGCCCUUUUCACGAUUCUGCAUGACCUCCGACCCCAGGACCGUUUCAAUAUCAUUGGAUUUUCCAACCGGGUCAAAGUGUGGAAGGACCAUUUGGUGUCAGUUACUCCCAACAAUAUCAGAGAUGGCAAAGUCUACAUUCACCACAUGUCACCGACCGGAGGCACGGAUAUCAACGGGGCCCUGCAGAGGGGCAUCGGGCUUCUCAGCGACUUCGUGGCCCACAGCGACAUCGAGGAGCGCAGCGUGUCCCUGGUCAUCUUCCUGACAGACGGGAAGCCCACCACCGGGGAGACCAACACCCUGAAGAUACUCAACAACACCAGGGAGGCCGCCCAGGGCCGGGUCUGCAUCUUCACCGUGGGCAUCGGGGCCGACGUGGACUUCAAGCUGCUGGAGAAGCUGUCCCUGGACAACUGUGGGCGCACACGGCACGUCCACGAGGACCACGACGCCCGCGCCCAGCUCAUCGGGUUCUACGAUGAGAUCAGGACCCCGCUCCUCUCGGACAUCCGCGUGGAUUAUCCACCCGGCUUGGUAGAGCAUGCCACCAGGACCCUGUUCCCCAACUACUUCAAUGGCUCGGAGAUCAUCAUCGCGGGGAAGCUGGUGGACAGGGAGAUGGACCGCUUGCACGUGGAGGUCACGGCCAGCAACAGUAAGAAGUUUGUCGUACUCAAGAAGGACGUGCCUGUGGAACCCCGGAGGAUGGGGAACGACGUCCCGGGGAGCCCCAGGCCCAAGGGGGGUGGCCAGGUGGACCCCAACCACCUGGAGCGUCUCUGGAGCUACCUGACCCUGAAGGAGCUGCUGAGUUCCUGGCUGCAGAGUGAGGAGGAGCCGCAGAGGCAGCAGCUGAGGCAGGAGGUACAGGCUCUGGCCGUGAACCAUCGCUUCCUCACUCCCUUCACCUCCAUGACGCUCAAGUCAGCACCGCGGACAGAGACCCCGGAGGACGCCUACGGCACGUCGGCGGCCACAGGGCCCGAAACGGUGAUGCAGAGCCUGAGGGGCGCCCACCUGCAGCCAGGACCUGCUCUCAAGAAACCAUACAACCCAAGGAUUAAAGUCUCCAAAACCUCAGCGGAUGGAGACCCCCAUUUUGUUGUGGAUUUCCCCUUGAGCAACCUCACGGUCUGUUUCAACAUCGAUGGACAGCCCGGGCACAUCCUGAGGCUGGUCUCUGAUCAUGCGGACUCUGGCGUGACGGUGAACGGAGAGUUGAUUGGGGCCCCCGCUCCCCCAAAUGGCCACAAGAAACAGCGCACUUACUUCCGCACCAUCACCAUCCUCGUCAACAAGCCCGAGAGGUCCUACCUGGAGAUCACGCCCACCAGGGUCAUCGUGGAUGGUGGGGACAGGCUGGUCCUCCCCUGCAACCAGAGCGCGGCCGUGGGGAGCCAGGGGCUGGAGGUGUCAGUGUCCGCCAAUGCCAGGGUCACCAUCGCCAUCCAGGGCAACGUGGCCUUCGUCAUCCUCCUCCACCUCUACAAAAAGCCAGCCCCCUACCAGCGAAACCACCUGGGCUUCUACGUCGCCAACGGCCAAGGCCUUUCUGGCAACUGCCAUGGCCUGUUAGGUCAGUUCCUGAACCGGGAGGCCAGACUCACUGGGCUCGGCAAGAGCCCUGCCCAUCCUUCCGUGCCCGAGACAGGCGAGAGGUCUGAGGCCGUGCUCGAGGUCAAAGGACGCCAGGUCCCAGUGGUGUGGAAGCAGAGGAAAAUCUACAACGGGGAACAGCAGGUAGACUGCUGGUUUGCCCGGAACAACGCCGCCAACCUGAUUGACGGGCACUAUAAAGACUACCUGGCGGCCCAUCCUUUUGACUCCGAGACCACCUUUGGGCCAGUCACAUCCCGGGGACUCUGACGCCAGCAGCCGUAAGGCAAGAGUGUGUGACAGGGAAACGUCUUCGGGGACCCCGUGGUGUGGUUCUUGUCGCUUGGCAGGUAGCCGCCGCCCAAGACUCACCCCUGGUGGCGGGGUGGUCUACCCUCUGCUUGAGCAAAGGGUGGGGUCAGGAUGUUGAAGCAAGAAUGGGAUUUCCUGCUCCUCCCCUCCCCCUCCCCCAUCUCCAGUAGAGAAAGAUGGUGGCACCAAAGGGACCAGUCACGGUUAAAAGCAAGUCUCUAUCUUAUACCAGCUGGCUUGUCCAUCUCACAGCCUACCACAAGGUGACUCUGACGAAGGAAGGUGGCCAUCAAGUCUGUUUUCUCUGUGGAAAUGGCCAGGCUUGGGCACUCUGCUUUUUGCCUUAUACGAAUGCAUAGGCGUCUCUCCUCCUAGCCCGCUGCGUGCUCCGGAUGUGCGGCCAACCUCUGCCUCAGGGGAACCCCUCCUUGGGCCCAGGCCACGAGUCAUGAAAUAGCGCAUAGAUUUGCUCACUGUAAACCAUUCGGUCUUUUCUUAGGAGAGGAUUUUCUUCUACUGUGAUGUCUUGCCCUUGAAAAUUUGUUUUCGUUUUUUAAAAAUUGACUCAAAAUAGA